CGCCGUCUGGAAGCGGGGGCCAUGGUCCUUGCUGACCGAGGUGUGGUUUGUAUCGAUGAAUUUGACAAGAUGUCUGACAUGGACCGCACGGCCAUCCACGAAGUCAUGGAGCAGGGUCGAGUCACCAUUGCCAAGGCUGGCAUCCAUGCUCGGCUGAAUGCCCGCUGUAGUGUUUUGGCAGCUGCCAACCCCGUCUAUGGCAGGUACGACCAGUACAAGACCCCUAUGGAGAACAUUGGGCUGCAAGACUCACUGCUGUCCCGAUUUGACUUACUCUUCAUCAUGCUGGAUCAGAUGGAUCCUGAGCAGGAUCGAGAGAUCUCGGACCACGUCCUUAGGAUGCACCGUUACAGGGCACCCGGGGAGCAGGAUGGCGAUGGUGAGGCCAUGAGGAGAGAAAGAUGGACUAAUGGAAGGAAACCUAAACAGAUGCUGUUAUCUCAGGCCUGGCCUGGGUAG